AUGGCCACCUGCUGGCAGGGCCUGUGGGCCUAUCGCUUCUACCUGGUUGUGUUCUUCCUACCCAUUCUCCUGCUGCCUCUGCCCAUCCUCAUCCCGACUAAGGAAGCCUACUGUGGCUACACCAUCAUCCUCAUGGCGCUCCUCUGGUGCACCGAGGCUCUGCCCCUGGCUAUCACCGCCUUCCUCCCCACCGUCAUGUUCCCCAUGAUGGGCAUAAUGGGUGCCUCCGUGGUCAGCACUGAGUACCUGAAGGACACCAACAUCCUGUUCAUCGGGGGGAUGCUGGUGGCCCUCGCCGUGGAGCACUGGGAUCUGCACAAGCGCAUUGCCCUCCGCGUGCUCCUCAUCAUCGGGGUGCGGCCCUCCCUGCUGAUCCUGGGCUUCAUGGUGGUUACGGCCUUCUUGUCCAUGUGGAUCAGCAACACAGCCACCACUGCCAUGAUGGUGCCCAUCGCCCAUGCCGUUCUGGAUCAGCUGCACAAGACGCCCAUGGGCAAGGAUGUUGAGGAGGGCAGGAACAACCCCGCCUUUGAACUCCAGGAACCAAGUCCCCAGAAGGAAGAGACCAAGCUUGAUGAGAAAGACAACAAGCAGGAUGGCCCUGCCCCACCUGUUCCUUCGGACCCCAGGGCACAGCGGAACGAGGAGCAGCUCCGCUUCACCCGGGGCAUGAGCCUGUGUGUGUGCUACUCGGCCAGCAUCGGGGGCAUCGCCACCCUGACUGGCACCACAACAAACCUGGUGCUGCAAGGCCAGGUCAACUCGCUCUUCCCCCAAAAUGGCAACGUGGUGAACUUCGCCUCCUGGUUUGGCUUUGCCUUCCCCACCAUGGUCAUCUUGCUGCUGCUUUCCUGGGUGUGGCUGCAGUUCCUCUUCUUAGGCUUCAACUUCCGGAAGAACUGUGGCUUGGGGGACCAGAUGAGGGAACAAGAGCGAGCAGCCUUCGAAGUCAUCCGGAGGGAGCACAAGCUGCUGGGCCCCAUGACCUUUGCAGAAAAGGCUGUCACCAUCCUCUUUGUCUUAUUGGUGGUGCUCUGGUUCACUCGGGAGCCAGGCUUUUUCACCGGCUGGGGUAACCUGGCUUUUUUCGAUGAGGAUGGGAAAAGCAUGCCAUCCGAUGGGACAGUAGCCAUCUUAAUCGCUGUAAUUUUGUUCAUCGUGCCCUCCAAGAUCCCAGGGCUGACUCAGGAACCAGGAAAACCAGGGAAGCUGAAGGCCCCUCCUGCCCUCCUCAACUGGAAAGUAGUUAAAGAGAAGAUGCCUUGGAAUAUCGUGCUCCUUCUGGGCGGUGGCUUUGCCCUGGCCAAGGGCAGUGAGGAAUCGGGCCUGUCAAAGUGGCUGGGGGACAAGCUGACCCCGCUGGAGAGUGUGCCGCCUCCCGCCAUUGCCUUCAUCCUCUGCCUCCUGAUCGCCACCUUCACUGAGUGCACCAGCAACGUGGCCACCACCACCAUCUUCCUGCCCAUCUUGGCUUCCAUGUCUCAGGCCAUCUGCAUCCACCCUCUCUACGUCAUGCUCCCCUGCACGCUUUCCAGCUCCCUGGCCUUCAUGCUGCCUGUGGCCACCCCGCCCAACGCCAUCGCCUUCUCAUUCGGAGGCCUCAAAGUGACGGACAUGGCCCGAGCAGGAUUCAUGCUCAACAUCAUCGGGGUCCUGGUCAUCACGCUGGCCAUCAACACCUGGAGCAUCCCCAUGUUCGACCUGAACAGAUUCCCCUCCUGGGCCCAGUCCAACACCACAGGCUUCUGUGGGGUCAGCCAGGCAAACGUCACAACACCUAGCCCCUAG